AUGACGGGUCCGGACGCCCCCCUGCCGCCCAUCAUCAAGCGCGCGUCGUCGUCCACGCGCCAGGCCGUCUCGAGCGAGGCGCUCGUCUCUCCCCGCUUUCACGACCCGCCGUCGCCCAACCCGCCCUUGCACACGCACGCCCAGCCCGCGCCAGGCUCGUACUUCUCGUCUCAGGCUGGAACACCCUCGCCGAGCGGGAUCUUGCUCAACAAGAACGAGCGGGGAGCGCAGAGGGAUCUUGCCUCGCGCGAUCGGGAUGGAGGGGGAGGAGGUCGCAUCUCGCCUGCUGUCGCCGUCAGUCCGCCAGGGUCGAAUGCGGGAGAGGCUGCUCAGGGCUUGUUGAGGGUCUCCAGUCCGGACGGGUCCGCCAGCGAGAGCGGCAUCAGCGACGCAGCCGGUCCGUCCUCGACCGCCCCUUCGUCACUCGUCGGCUCGCCUCCCUCUCACAGUCUCGCCAAGCCCGGCCUGCCCGGUCUCGCAAUCCCCUCGUCGACACCGACGAAUGACGACUCGGCCGCCGCAGCGACGAGGCGCGCGUCGAGCCCGCCGUCCCCGCACUGUCACUUUGCGCCGCUCCCCAAAGUCGACAACGACAGACCUGGCACGAGGCGCAACAGCUUUGCAAACAGGGUCAAACCCUUCGUCCCCAAGGGUGAGAGGCCCGACGGACUGUUGUUGCCUGGGUCUGCGUUCGACCACGACGACGACAGCGACCUCCCUUCUCCUCCCGGCGCCUGGCAGGCCGGCGACUCGUCCAUCCCGACGCCCUCCGCCCUCUCGCAGCGCUUGAACUCGUCCCUCACCUUCGCGAAUCCGCCUCCUAAUUCGACCGGCGGAGCAGGCGGCAUCUCCCCCGUCCGCCCCGGCUCACGCCGCUCCUCCUCCUCCCGCCGCUCUCGCUCGCCCUCCCCACCCGGCGGCGUCCGCUACCGGACCCCCUCAGCUUCAGGCCAAUCGCGCUCUCACUCGCCCAACUUGAGCCGACACGCCUCGACUGACGCGCUCUCGCUGCACUAUAUCGAGGCGGGCGCAGAGGGACGCGGCGCGGCGCUGAGUCGGACUAGUUCGCGUGCUGGGUCGGAGAGGGGUGGGACGGCGGGCGAAGGAGAGGGAGAAGGAGGAGUCUCGUUCGCUUCGUCCGGACAGCCCGUUCGUCGACUCACCUCGACAGACCGGACUUCUUCCUCGUCCAAGACGCGCGUCGCGCCUUUCAUCGACCGCGACAAGGAAGCCGACCUGCAUCGCUUGCAGGAAAAGGCGGCGCUGGGGAACGUUGAUGCUGAGCGGGCUGUCAGUCCGGCUCUUGCGGCGGCGAGGGAGCGCAGUGCGUCGAGAGGUGCGGUCGGCGAGGAGAGGGAGCGCGAGGGCAGGCCGAUGGUGAUCAAGCGAAAAGGGAGUAAUGAGGAGGUUGUUGAGGUUGGACCGGGGGAUGAGAAGGAUGCGGGCGAUCUUGGAGGAGAACUGGAGGAAGUCGAGGAGGAACCGGAGGAGGAGGAGGCGGAGGAGAAUGGGACGGAUGAGGAUGAGGGGACGGACGAAGACGAGGGCGAGACUGAACGGGAUCGCGAGGGCGAAGAGGAUGACGACGAGGAGGACGAGGACGAAGAGACCGAGUUGGAGGAGCGCAAGACGAGCAAGGGUGCCGCCGUCGAGUUCAUGCGCCAGGUCGUCCGCUGGCACCGGCCAGAACGCGACGUUGAGCGCGAGGCGCAGCCUUUACCCGCCAAUGUCUCGCACGCCUCGUCGCCUACAGCCGCCGUCUCCCCGCCUGCUCCGCCGAUCCCUACACCGGCAGCACAAUAA